AUGGCGGAGGUUUUAAAGGAAUGGCUAACAGAAAGACUACAGAGACCAAUCAAGUGGACUCCUGACGAAUUUGGCAAUAUGAUGAAGGAUGGGUAUAUAAUAUCUAACGUUUUAUUGAGUUACAACAUCAUUAACGAAGAGAAAUUCUUUUUGAUACGCUCAAGCAUAAAUCCUGAAGAAAUAAAAAAUAACUGGAAACAUUUAAAGGAAUGGCUUAAAGAAUUACAAGUUCAAUUAAGUGACCAAGAGUUGAAUAGUAUUAUGGAAGGAAAAGGGUCAAUGCUGUUACGUUUAUUCUACAUGUUGUUUUUACAUUUAGAUAAAAAAGAUCGUACUGAUUUUAUUAAACGUGAACGUAGAAUGAUGUCUAGUUUAGUUGAUAAAGUAGGGAACCGAUUCAAGAUUGAAAGAGUUCAAGAAACAGAGGAGUCUUUUGUAGACGACUUGUCUAGGCCCUUGUUGAAUGAAAAACAGUUUAUUGAAUGGCAAAGAAAAAAAGCCGAAAAAGUUAAAGAUACGUAUGACUAUAUUAGACAUAAAUAUUCUAAAAUGUUGGAUAAAAUUCAAGAAUCUAAAGCAAAGAUACAAUAUUUAUCCCCUACACGAAAGAUACCACCUAAAGACAAAAUUGAAAUGGACAAAUUUACAAAGAAACAUCCAUGUGAAUAUCAAAACUAUACAUACGAAGAUUUGUUAGACUUGGAACAAAAAGCAACAGAAAGAAAAAAAUUCAUUGUUGACACGGAAUGGGCAAAAAAGUAUAUGGAUAAUUUGUAUACAAGAAUGCAUAAGCGGUCCGAAUCUGAAGAGUUUCAUAAGCAAGUACGAAAUGAUCUCAGCAAUUCCCUAUGGGAUCUUUCUGUUGCCGAAGAAGAAGAAAAACUUGAUACUGAACUCGCUAAAAAAGUUAUGAAACUGUCACAAUUUGAAAAACAAAUGUGCACACAGCUUAUGGAAACAAAACAACAGGCGCGUAAUCUGUUUCAAAAUAGAGCUCAAGCAGAACGACAAUUUGCUGAGCAAAGAGAACAACAGUUUAAUCAGUACUUAGAUAACGUGAAAGAGCAAAUCCAUCUAGAGAUUGUGGAGAUAGAUUUCGAAAAACAGAGACAAAAUAUGCUGCAUAGAAAAUUGUAUGCCGAAAAAAUGAAAAGGAAGAGACAACACUACUAUGAAAUAUGUUAUGAGACUGUUCUUUCCAUUAUUGACUACGCUACAAAAUAUGCAUAUUACCAAAGGUUGAUAGAAGAUGAAAUACCGGAGCACUUUAUUCAUGAGUGGAAAAAUUUAUAUUACAAACAACAGCCUAUUUUCGAUAUAUUAGUACCGACCGAAGAAUUAUUAAAACAACAAAAUUUAGAAGAAGAGGUGAUGCCAGAAGAAGAAGAAAUAAUAAGAUUAGAGUUAGAUAGACAAAAUUCUCUAAAUGAAAUAGAAUUUAUGGAAUACCACAACUAUGCCCAUCCUUGGACUUUAGAUUUACUUAUACCUAAUUAUGAUCCUGAAUCAGAGGAACGAAAAUAUGAGUAUUUAGGUACAAGGAUUCUUGGUCACGUAGUUUUUACUUUACUUGAGAUAAAAUAUCCAUACCCCCCAGCAAAAUUGCCAGCGGAAUUACCUGAUUAUCCUGUUAAAGCCUUGCUACGUGACCUUCCAGAUAAGUCUAUAGUAAAUGCAAUGCAAACUUUGUUAGAUUUUCGAAAAAUACACGUAACUCGUCUAGAGAGUGCUAUUUAUUUUUGCUUAAAACGUUUCAAAUCCGAAUUGGUUGGUUGCACUGAUAUCGAAUUAUCUUUUGAUAAAUUUGGAGCUAUUGCUCAAACUGAGGAAGAUAAAGAGUUCGUUAGAAAAAUUAAAGUUGAAGAUGACAUAGCUAACAAAGGCAGUGAAAUUGUUGUUGGGCCAGCGAGUGCUAUUCCCCCUAAUACAAAGCAAACUCAAACACCUAAAACGCUACCAGAAGAAGAAAUUGUUCUUUCUCCAGCUGCGGAACUCGGAAGAUACGCAUAUGAAGCAUUAGGUUCAGGAGAACCUUUGACCGAUCACUUAAUAGCUGCAAGUUUAGUUGAAUACCUCAAAGAUCUUGAAAAUAUUGAUGGGUUUGUCAUUGUCAACUAUCCUAAUUCGUAUCGUGAAGCGCAAAUUUUAGAAGAAACUUUUUCUGGGCGUGAACCUCCUGAUGAAUCAAAUUUAGACGAUAGAGAUGAUAUUUAUUUAGAAGAAAGCAUAAUACGACAUAGAAAAAAGGAAAAAGAUCAAUAUAAAGAUAUAAGAGUUUCUAAACUUGUUAAUGACCCUCACACAAAAAGAUUUGACAAACCAUUUGAAAGUUAUUUCACUUGUUACAUUAAACUCAAACCUACAGAAGAUAUCUUACAAGAACUGGUUGUGUGGGAUCUGACUGAAGAUAACUCUGAAUUGAUCGAUCGAUUUUAUGCUGCAUUAGGUCUUAAUUACAGUAUGUAUUACGAACUAAUAGAUAAAGAAUUCUUGGCACAAAUUUGUAAAUAUAUAAUUGGCGACUAUACAAUGCCAUUAAAGUCAUGUGAUAGGUUAUUUGGGGAAAACGUACUGAGCGAACUCGAUUUUCCUUCCACGGAGGAUAGGAGGACUAAGUCCAAAAUUGUCAAACCCGAAAUAAAUGAUGGAAAAUCUAAAGACAAACUUAGACGUGGUUCAAAGAGCAAGAGUUCUAUGGAACACCACACAGAAAUGAUCAAACCUCCUAGUUCACCUGAUGUGGCGACUGAUACUGAGACUGUUGUAUUGAUGGAAGAAUUAUCAGGUGAAGAAAAUGAGUCUGAAUCUUAUAUUAGUCUUGAAGAAAUAAAACUCUUGGCAGGAGAAGAAGAUUGGAUAUAUGGCGAAAUACCAAUAUCAGAGCCGAUUGGAGUAGCUCUGGCUACAUGUUGGGAAGAAAUUGAAAAAACAUACGUUCAUGACAUGGAGCAGUUGCUUUUAGCUAAAAGAUUGCAAAUGAAUUGUCUGGUUCCUUAUGCUAGAUUUAUAAAAGAUAAAAUGGAACAAAUCAUAACUUUGCCAUCUUUUAAACAAGAUUUAGUCACGGCCUUCCAAAAGGAGUACAAUGAUUUUGAAGAUGACUGGCGUGAUAUAAAUUUGACAAAAAAUGAGUGGCAUUGCCGAGUGAAGGAGUUACAACACAAACUGUACACUAUUUGUGAUGAACGGAAGUUAAGAGCCCAACAGCAGAGGCAAGCCUUGAUUAGUGAAAAUUGGGCUAUGGAAGAACUGACUACAAUGGUGAAUACAUUUAUAUCGUCCAUGCAAGCUGAGUUGAACCGGUCAAUUUUGACAUUUCAAACACUUCAUGAUUUUUACUUUGCUAUGCUUAAACGAAUGCCACCUACUGAUAGACUAUCUUCUAAGGAUUUGACAAAGAUACAAAAAGAGGCUGAAGAUGCAAGUGGAGCAAAGAAGAUAGGAGUUGAGGAUAAGGUGUUUAAACAGUUAAAAUCUGCAUUUCAAGAGCUUCAGCAGAAAAAUAUUCAAAUUGAUUAUAGCAACAACCCUUUUAAUUUAAUGAUCGAAAACAAUGUUAAACUUGCAUUAAAAAUAAUUAAAGACAUAAACGAUUCAUACAGAUCCCUUAUUAGUAAGGAAUAUAGCGAAAUUGCAAAGAUUGCGCCUGUUCCCAAAAGAAAGGAUGACAAUUCAUCCGAAGAAUCCAUCAAUGCUGAAGAAAUGUUUAAGCAAAAUGCCUUAAAAUGUAUCGAAGAAUGGACAGUAGGAAUAAAUGGCGAAAUGUUCAGAGCGAGUUUACGAAUGUUAGCUCUUCAGUAUAAAUGCUAUAAAGAUAUGAAACUGUUCAAUGAUCAUAUUUACAAAACAUUUAUGGAGGUGCAAAAUAGUAUUGAUACAUACUAUUUGAACGAAAUAAAAUCGGUAGAUCGUUUAAGCAAAUAUUUGCAGAUGGCCGUUGAAGAUGGCAGAAAAAUACAAGAGAGCCUUAUUCUUGAACAAGAUAUAUUUAUCAUUGAUCCUAAUCUUCUUCAAUUCGGUCCCCCAGAACCACCUCCAGACAAGCCUGAAAACAUGGAAAUUGUUCAUGACUUCGAGUUCAAAAUUGGGCAAUUAGCGAGAUUAAGAUCCCAAUUCCGAAUUGUUGCUCCGACAGGAAUAGUUUUGCAAAAACAUUUCAUUUACUUAUUGCAAGAUUUUAUCAUAUUUGGAAAAGAAUCAUGCGAAGGAUCUUUAUUCCCUGAAGCUUGGAAGCGAGUUGAUCCAGAACAAAUACCCAAGUUUGUAUAUAACUUAUAUGGUGCUACAGUUUACGUCGAUUGGAGAGAUUUCCUUAUAUAUUGUUUAAAUAUACGAUUUCCAACUGUUGAUGAACUACUAGAAGUACGCAAAAGAUUCAGAUGUAAUGACUUGGAAUGGACAGAGUUAAUAUCUAGAGACAAUUUUAUUCAAGAAGAGUUGUGGUUUGAACAAAAUAUUGACCCUCAAGAUAAACAAGCUAUGCUUCGAAAGAAUUUGACGAAACACUUCUUAUUUGAGCUCUAUGAAUCUGCUUGUGACAAGAUGAACUAUCCAGUAUUCCUUCUGGCUUUCUGUAAGAGUAUGGAUACUCUCGAAGGCUUUGCAUCAGCAUUGGCGAUUGCCGUGGGCAAAAAAGUGUGUUUCUCUCUACAAGAGUGCCAAGAUGUUAUUACAGAGUUAAUUAAACUAAAAAAAUAUAAAGAUGCUUGCAUGGCGUGUGCACUAAAAUGCACAAAUCAAUUUUUAGAUAACAUUAUAACCAAUGUCAUCAAUACAUGUGAAGGCACUAGUAUAAUAGAAUUGGCCUAUGAACCACCAGAAUUAGAUAAAAAAGGUAAAAAAUCAAAAGCAGCUAUGUCUAAAACAAAAAGUUCUGUGAGUGCGAGAUCGCCAAAAGCACAAAAGAAUGCGCUCGUGUCCCAAAGUAAAGUGGCACAGUCUGCAACUAAUGUGAAUACCACGUUCAUUUGCCGACCUUGUGAAGAUGAAGCGGAGGUUUUAGAAGAAAAAGCUUUAGAAAAAGAAGAAAUCGAGGAAGAAACAAAGAAUGAACCUCAAGAGGAUCCGAAUUUGGCCUAUGCAGUGCCCCAAGAAGUGAUUUGGAAUGUGCUGAAAGUAUGUCUACCAUGGCAUUUUGAGUUGCUGCCUGAAGCUAAGAUGACCCCUUAUGUUGAACAAGUGGCAGAUGCUAUGGGGCGGUUGCAAGUUGAUACGGAUAACGGUGAUAUUUACGUAAGUAAAUUUCUGAACGACCCAAACGUUUGCAAGCUUCUGCAUAAAGUUAAAAAAUUCACGAUCCUUAAUGUGGCAGAAGAGGCGCGUAAUAUCUUUAUUCGUUAG